AUGUCGGGGUCUGAAAAUAGGAAGUCUGGUAGACCAACAACACGCCAUGACUACGGUAAGGUCAACGAGAUAGGAUUCGGAGAUGAUGACACUGGAAAUCCUUCCGAAAAUUCGGACAACCAAGAUGGCGCUACCGCCAUUUUCAGCCCAGUGAAAAAUAAGAAGGAUGAGACUUUGGCUCUUCUGCAAAGCCAGUUACAAUCGUUGGAUCAAGAAGAGGAGGAGAUCGAGCAGAAGAAAAAGUCAGUAGCAGAUUUACGAGGUGAGAAUAAAAACUUUAAUUCAGUUGAAGACAGUAAAAUUUCUUUGAAAGACUUGAGAAAUGACAAAAAAUUGCGUUCGGAAGCAAGUAAAAAAUUGAAGGAGACUGGAUUAGUUUCAGAAUCAAAUUCAGAGUCAGACAUCAGUUCCGAAGAUUCGGGGUCUGAAUCAGAUAAACAAGAUUCUGAAAAAGUGAGUAAAGAAAAGAAGUCAAAGAAAAAUAAAAAGAAAAGUAAGAAAAGCUCUAGCAAAAAUAAACAUUAUGAAGAUGAUUCUAGUAGUGACGAAACAUCAAGCUCUGAUAGCUCUAGUUCUAAAGAGUCCAAAAGAAAACAUAAAAAAACAUAA